GCUUUGAAUACAUCUUCCAAUUGGAUUUCCUUAGAAUUUUCACCAUUUUCUUGUUAAAUUCAGGAUGGAAACAUGUUCGUCAGCAAGUAAAUACAGUGAUGAAGUGGAAAAUUCUAAAAACAAGAGAAAAGUCGAGUGCAUGUAUUGUAAUUCCACAAUUUUAAAGUCACACAGUGCACAAUAUACUAAUCAACAGUAUGCAUUACCGCUAAUGAGACAGAAGAAUGCAACUUCCCCGGAAGAAGCUGAGACCGAGGAAUUGGAUGAAUUCUGGGAAGUUGAUGACAUGUUCACCUUUGAGAACAUUGGAGUCUCCCACACGGUGAAAAACACCAAAUUUCUGGUAUGUGCUGACUGCGAAACAGGUCCAGUUGGAUACCACAAUAUAACCAGCAAAAAAUCCUAUGUGGCUCUCUCCCGCGUGAAGCAUGUUUGAGGUAAUUUUCUUAUGUAAAUGGUCAUUAUUUUGUAUCAUAAAAAAUCCAUGCAUUUAUUUGGA